UUACGCGAUGAAAUUUAGGCGGAGAAAACAAAGCCACAAAACGUCGACACAUUGAAUAGCGAUUGAAAAAACAAUACUUGUAGCAAAAAAAACAUAGGGAGACUCAUCCAUGAACCAGAGAUUGGAACUGUUGGGUCAGCGGCUGGUAUUUUAUAUUCAUAAUUAAAUUACCAGCGUUGACAACGUGCGCGCCCGAUUGUCUAUUUAGAAAGUGUUACAUACCAAAGCUGUUAGAUAUACAUUCAUAGCAGCCACUGCUCACCUGAGCCACCGCUUACACCUGCAACUGCUAGCGGUUUCGGGUUCGGUUUCAGCCUGCGCCUUGCUUUCUCCGCGGCCACUAGCCACCACAGGUUGGUGCGCUUUCAGUUUCCAGCUCAAGCUCGAAGCAGAGUCUACCGUGUAAAAUUUUUUCUGUUCGCGCCCGCGGUCUCCUCGAGUGUUUUUAGUGGUGGUGGCGCACUUGGUGGUGCACUCGAAACAUUUUCUCAUCAGCUGCAAAUAUCAAUUACCCAAUCGAAUGAUGAUGAUGAUACGUUUAACGGUGUCCGUAUUGUUAGUGCUCUUGUCGUUGGUCAGUGUCGAUUCGGGUAACAACAGCCAAAAUAUUCCAAAUAAUUCACACAGCGACCAACACAACAGCAAUAUGAGGAAUCACAACAACAAUAACAACAACAACAACAACAGCAAUAACAGCAACAACAGUAGCAGCAUCAGUAGAAACAGCAACACUCCAAAAUUCGCCGCUGCAGCUCAGCCAAGUGCUGGCUUCCACAAGCAUCAUCAUCUCAGUGAGGAGGAUGCGGCUGCCACAAAUGGCCGAGAUAAAAGAGGUACCAACAGUUUUCAGUUGGACCAGAGCGAGAUUGCCCGGCAGAAUCAGAUAACGCAGCAAAUCUUUGCCAAUUUUCUGGAGCGACGUCUGUUUCCCAAUCGCACCGUCAAUCAGAAAAUACCCACCAUAGCGGACAUUUUGCCCAAACCGAAGCCCUCGUCCCGACCCCGACCGCGUGGCUUUGCCGCCAGUGGUGGCGGACACUUCAAACGCAACAGCUUCGGCAGCAGCGGGGGCGGGGUGCAGCGCAAUCGAUUGGCAGCAGCUGCGGGCAAACGACAGGCGAGCAGUCAUCGCAACCGCUUUGACGACCCGGAUGAUGAGCCUCUGGAUCAACAGCCACAGGCCAACACACAGGACGACUUUGACUACGAGGGCCAAGAGUCGUUGCAAAGCGUCGAAUCGGAGCAGCACGAUCAGUACUAUGGCGAUAUAUUUCAUCGUGAUCCCAGCGAGAAUGAAAUCGAUAGUGUGGACUGCCCGAACUGUGUGGACGAGUCACAGUACACGCCGAACAAAUGGACGAUGCCGUUGCUGAAACUCGGCGAGAAGCGUUAUUACCUCGGCAUCUUCUUCAAGGCAAAUUGGUUUAAAGCCACGCAAUAUUGCCGUUAUCAUGGCAUGCACUUGGCAAGCAUUUCAUCACAGGAAGAGAACGAUAGACUGGAGAAACACAUACGCGACUUUGGCUUGGGCCACGAGCACUUCUGGAUUUCCGGCACAGAUCUAGCCGACGAAGGAAACUUCUUUUGGAUGGCCACGGGUCGCCCAAUUACAUUUACCAACUGGAACGCCGGUGAACCGAACAAUUUCCGCUACGAGAAUGGCGAGGAGGAGAACUGCCUGGAGUUAUGGAACCGUGAUGGCAAGGGCCUUAAGUGGAACGACUCGCCGUGCAGCUUUGAGACAUAUUUUGUGUGCGAGGUGCAGCCCAAUUGAGCAUCAACUGACCAAGUGACCAAAACGCAUGACAAUACGACCAGCCGCCACUCACACUCACACACACACACACACACACACACACCAACGCUCACAUAUAUAGCAACCCUGCACACCACGUCCCUUCGCUCCGCUCUAUGCAUACGAGUGUGUUGAGUAGUUCGCUGUAGAAAUUAAGCAUAUGACAUGUACAUACAUACAUGUAUAGCCACAGCCCGUGUAGUCGAGCAAAGACAAUUUGCCCCGUUAGAGAGCAGCAUAUAAUUACUACCUUUAGUUAUUAUGUAAGUGUAA